AUGCAUCGGUCGGUAGCUUGAAGUACCUUUGCCGAGGACUUGCUCGGCGCUCCUAAUCUGGGCGCCGCGCUUAUCGACCGAUUGACUGACUCGUCGAAUCGUAUUCGCUGCCUUCUGCAACCCCAGCUUGGACUUGACCACCGAUCAAGGCGAGAAGGCGGGCGAAACGACUAUGUCACGCUUUAUCCCUGCACGUCGUCCACCAGCUUCCAUUUUGGAUGCCCAAUCACCACCUGACGUGCUGGCACAUCGUGUCCGACUCGCAGCCUCGUCGAGCGCAGCAUUCAACCCCUCUUCAACCUCUCGACCACCUCUCCCUCGCAUCGAGCCAUUCCCUCGAGCCAUUCCCGAAGAGAUCAUCCUCGCGAUCGUGCGCUGCAACCUUCCGCCAUGUUCACCAGAGUCGUACCUCCCUCGCUAUCGGCUCUUGACCCGUGUGUAUGGCCGCCUGUCCAAGGCGUGGUACCGGGUCGCUCAGCUCGAACUGCAUCGACACGUCGUACUCAAGACGCCCGUACAUGCUCAACGAUGGCUCCAAGUCAUUGCAUCCACCGAUUCCGUCAAGAGAGCGUGGAGAUUCAACACCGUGGCGCUCACCUUGGGCACUCCUGACGGCGACAACGAGGUCUGCACCCCCACUGGAUCCCAUCGCCUCAUCCGAAUCGCGUCAAAUUGGAGCGAACAGGACGAGACUGAUCACCUCGUGACUCGUAUCGUCAAGCACACUCCCUCACUCCGCCGAGCCUGGCUUUACAGGUGUCGCUUCGAUCCUUCCGAUCUCUCGGUCGCCGUCGAGUUGACGACGUUGGUAUGCUCCAACUGUGAGCUGGCCCUAGGUGGAAUCAACCAAGAGACCAGACACAUCGCCGUCCCCUGCUACGACGUCCUUGCGUGGCACCUCCCUCGACUGCGUGCGUUGGAGCUCCAUCACUGCCUCAUGUGGAGCCAUAGCUCAGACCCGGCGAGCUCGUCCUCCACCGCCGGGCCGCCCCACCCCCACCCCGAGGUCGCUCGUAUUCUCUUCAACCCGACGUCGGUGCCGUCGUUGGUGGACCUCGCCCUAUCGCUACUACCUACAUCAAUACCCCUGGCGCUGGAGCUCCUCUCUCCUCAACUCGAAUCGCUGUGGGUCACUCGCACGCCCCUGCAAAUCCGACCGCGCUCGACGCAAUGGCCCCUCUUGCCCGAGUUCGGAGCGAUGCCCAACCUGCGCCAUUUCGCGAUCGACGUUUUUGGCGGUGGGAUGCUGCAACGUGAUGUCCCAGCUCUGGCGUCGGUUCUACAAGGAUGUCGGUCUCUUGUGACCUUGAGGAUUGGUUCACUUUGGAUCCACCACUUUGAACAGGUGAUGUUCCACAACCCUUCCUUCCAAGCCACGGUUCACUCUGGAAGGAUGCGAGGCGCUUCGUCGACGAGCUCGAACCGCACCCAGUCAGGUCGUAAUCCGAACCCACUCUGCAUCCUGAACCACCUCUCCCAACUCCGCGUCGUCUUCCUACCCCGACUCCCCAUCCAAGAGCUGAAGCUGACCACACACGAAGAACACCAAGCCACCAUGAUCCGUGACGAGACGAAAGUGGUUUUGCACCGACGUGGGAUCAGACUGUGCAACUUUACGCUCGAGUUCGCUGGGGAGACGUUGAUCAAGACGUCGCUGGAUUCUCUGGAGGUCGAUCCUGGUUACAGUGUGUGGCAUGCGUUUGUGGGUCGGUUUGUAUAG